UCCUCAUGGUACCCCCUUGGAGGAACCCAUCCCCUUCCUCCCUCCCCAAGCAUCCUCCCACGGGAAAGCAGAUACGUGUUUACAGAGCCUCCAAGGGAAAAAAAUCAAACCGAACCAAAACCCAACGGCGCGAGCGUGGUUCAAAGCGUCCGCGAUAGAGACAGGGACAACCUGCUGUCACAGCCACCUACGGGACAUGGGCUGGGCAGCUUCGGCCGUGGACGUGUUCCCCGGACUGCGCCAGGGCAGCUGCAAGGGGGACAGCGGGGCUCUGCCACCCGCGGGGACGCCGCGCUGGCUCCCGGGGACCUUGUGUGCCUCUGUUUAGCAGAAAAUUCUCCCGCUUCGCCUGCAGCCCGCGACAAGGUGGGUGUCUGCUGCCCACCACCUCCUCCUGCCAGCCGUCAGGGAAGCGGAGGCAGGAGAGCGGCAGCCGGGAGAUCCCGGGGCCGUUCCCGAGGGGCUCCUGGGGCCUGGCCGGGCCGCCUCGGAAAGUGGUACCCGGCCGGGCCAGCCGCGUCGGGCGGGGAUGCAGGACUCGGGAGCGGUCCCAGCGCCCCGCGGACAAGCACAGCCUUCGCUUUGGUUAUUUCUCGCGGAGGGAGAGGCUCGGCAGAGCGCUGCUCCUCGCCCUUCGGCCCGCACCUGCCGGGCGCAGCAUCCCUUCCGUGGGAGCCCUCGGAGGAGGCGGGUUUCCAGGCAGGGUGCUCCGGCCGCGGUGACGUGUCGGUGACGUAAGCGCGUGGAGAAGGGGAGCGGGGAUCCCCAAAUUCACAGGACCCCUCAAGGGGGUCGGAGGCUCGGUCCUGGCGGAGUGAGGGUCCCUGUCGGCGAGGCUGCGGGAGUUCUGCAGCUCAUCCCCCAGCUUCGGGGAUGGGCAGCCCUCGGGGGGACAACGGACCCUCCGCGGACCCCCGGGCCGAGGAAGGCGACCGUCGCAUCGCGCAGGAAUGGGGUCUGAGAGCCUCCAGCACCGCGGGGCGCUUGGGACUGGGAGGGGCUUUAUCCAGCGUCGAUCGCCCCCCUCCUACAGCAGCCGGCUCCAGACAAGCUGGGAGCAUCCGAGCGCCAGGGGAGCGGGCAGCGCCUUUCCUCGAAAGCAUCUCGGGCGGGGGACACGCUCCCCGGGGACCGGCCCGGGCAGUCCCUCGUCGUGCCCCGUGGGGGCUGCGGCGGGCGCCACGUGAUGCCGGGGCGGCCGUAUAAAGGCCUGGGGAGCGCUGGCAGCAGGCGCAGUGUGGGAGCGUUUCCACCGGGUCCCAGCUCGGGAGGGGUGGGGAGGGGGGAGCCGCCUUCCCCACUUCUGCCCUCCCCCCUCCCUCUUCCCUGCCCCUCCCUUCCCCCUCCCCCUCCCUCCCCCCAACCAGACAAGGAGCCGUCACAAAACCCACUUUUCUUUUUUUUUUUUUAACCUUCCCCCCUCCUUUUUUUUUUUUUUUCCCCAAUUUCUCUCCUUUUAUUAUCAUUAUCACCAUUAUUUAUUAUCGCCGCUCCCCAGCGCCCUGCCCAGCCCACGGGCGCCCCCGUCCCCCCGCCCCCGCCCCGCGCCCCCUCCGCCGCCCCUCCCUCCGCAGCCACCUCCCCGCAGCCAGCAGCGCGGCCCCGCCAGCAGCGGCGCGGCGAGCGGGGCGCGGAGCGGAGCGCAGCGGCGGCGCCGGGGCGCGGAGUCCCAGCGGCGGCCGCAGCCCUCCGGCACGGCCCCGGGCCCAUCCCGGGAGCCGCCGCUAGGUGGGGGGGGGAGCCCGGCCCCGGCCGCCCCGGCCGCACAACAAUGACUUUGGGCAGCAGCGGCGGCGGCGGCUGCGGGAUCAUGUCCGAGCGCUCCCCGGAGGAAGAGCCGCUCUCCGAGGUGGAGGACGCGGAUAUCGACGUGGUGGGCCCGCCCCAGGAUGGGGGCAAGUACAGCGAGGAGGAGGAGGAGGACGAGGACGAGGAGGAGGAGGACGAGGAGGACGGCGGCGAUCCGUGGGGCUGGCGCUGCCGCGGAGCGGGGCCGCCAAGGCGCGCAUGGGGGGGGUCCCCGGAGCGGCUGUCCCCCGCCGGCGGCUCGGAGCCGGCCUGCGCCCGCGGCGCCGCGCCCGGGGAGAAGGCGCCCGCGGGCGGCGGCGGCGGCGGCGCGGGAGGGAAGAACCCGCUGGUGAAGCCGCCUUACUCCUACAUCGCCCUCAUCACCAUGGCCAUCCUGCAGAGCCCCAAGAAGCGGCUGACGCUGAGCGAGAUCUGCGAGUUCAUCAGCGGGCGCUUCCCCUACUACCGGGAGAAGUUCCCCGCCUGGCAGAACAGCAUCCGCCACAACCUCUCCCUCAACGACUGCUUCGUCAAGAUCCCCCGGGAGCCCGGCAACCCGGGCAAGGGCAACUACUGGACGCUGGACCCCGAGUCCGCCGACAUGUUCGACAACGGGAGCUUCCUGCGCCGGAGGAAGCGCUUCAAGCGGCAGCAGCAGCUGCACCCGCCGCACCCCGAGCUGCUGCUGCGGGCCGGGGCCGCCGACCCCGCCGCCUUCCUGCCCGGCUUCGCCUACGGACCUUACGGCUACAACUACGGCCUGCAGCUCCAGGUACCCCCACCACCACCACCACCAUCCCGGUGGCGGAGGCGGCGGCGCCGCGGCGCCUUCCCCUUCCCGGCGCCGCACUGCCCGUUACCGGCUCCGCCGCCUCCCGCCGCCGCCUCCGUCUUCUCCGCCGCCUCGGGGCUGCCCUCCUUCCUGGGCGGCGAGCUGAACUGCAGGAAGUCCUUCUACCACCCCCAGCUGAGCCCCACCGCCCUGCCCGCCGCCCUCCUCCAGACCCUCAAGCCGGACCCCUCGCCCGCCGGCGGCGGCGGCGGCGGCAGCGGCGGCACCAACCACCCCUCCCGGCCCUCUUUUUCCAUAGACAACAUCAUCGGGGGGGCCGUGCCCCCGCCGCCCAGCACCAACCCCAGCGUCGCGCCCGCCGCGCCCUACCCCGCCGGCCAGGCGGGCCCCCCGGCGCAGGUCCUGGCCGUGCUCAGCCCCGCCUUGGCCCCGGCACAGCCCCAGGUCAGCCUGGCACACGAGCCGCUCCUCCAGCCGGCCCAGAACUUUUCCAGUAAAAUCACAACCCUCAGCAGCUGUCAUUUUUAAAGUGUGCUGGGGACUGGGGAAGGGGAGGGGGAUGGGGGGGAGAGUCGCGAAGCAAACGGCCCCUUUCCAGCUCUCCCCCACUCCUCCGAAACUGCUCCCCUUCCCUCUC